AUGGGUCUUCUGGAAUAUAGACAACAUAAGGCCGACUGUAAACGAAAGCAGUCGGAACGAGCCUCUAAGAUUGCGACACUCCCCGCACCGUACCUGUCCCCUCUGUCAUCUCAAGAACGGUCUAUCCUCGGAAGACCAAUCCAAGAGCUUGUCCAGGAUGUACACAAGCAAAUCACCAGUCCCGUCGACAUCUUACGUGCAUACGGCAAAGUUGCCAUAAAAGCACAGGAGAAGACAAAUUGCCUGACAGAGAUACUAUUUCCAGAGGCAGAGGAAUGGGCAGAGAAGGAAAUCAACCUCAAGGGUCCGCUUGCUGGUAUUCCGGUAUCAUUGAAGGACUCUGUACAUGUCAAAGGCUUUGACACCUCUGUUGGUUAUACGAAGAAUGUAGGAAACCCAGCAGCCGAUGAUGGCAUAAUGGUGAAGAUAUUGAAAGAUGCUGGAGCAGUACCGUUUGUCAAGACCAAUCUGCCUACGACUCUCCUCUCCUUCGAAUCGACCAACGACGUCUGGGGCCAGAGCAAGAACCCACACAAUGAUAAAUACUCUCCGGGUGGCUCAACAGGUGGAGAAUCGGCGCUUUUGGCAUUUGGUGGCAGUCGCAUUGGUAUUGGGUCAGAUGUCGCGGGCUCAGUUCGCGCACCCGCACACUUCUCCGGUUGCUACUCGAUUCGAUGCUCAACAGGACGUUGGCCAAAGAUAGGCGCGAACACGAGUAUGGCCGGUCAAGAAGGCAUUCCCGCCGUCUUCAGCCCAAUGGCCAGGACACUAAACGAUUUGACGUACUUUACACGCAGUUUCAUCCAGAUGAAGCCUUGGACAUACGACUACAGUGUUCACCCAAUAGAAUGGAGAGAGGACGUGGAGACCGAGUACAGAGAAAAGAAGAAGCUACGCAUAGGCAUCAUGCGCACCGACCGCGUUGUAGAUCCAUCACCAGCAUGUGCACGAGCUCUAGACCAAACAGCCAAAGCACUUGCAGCUGAAGGCCACGAAGUCUUUGAUGUCGAGCCCCCAUCGCCAUACGAAGCUCUGCAGAUAGCCUCUCAACUUCUCAUAAGCGACGGCGGUGAUACAUUCAUGGCACAUUUCCGGAGUGGAGAAUGGAACGAUUACGGUGCUGCGCAAAUGGUGUCGUACAUGAAGCUCCCUCGCUUCGUCAAGUACGUACACUACCUCUACGUAAAGUACAUCAAGGGCGAUGAAAUCUGGGCUGGCUUACUCCGAGACUGGAACCCCAAGAACACAACCGAGUAUUGGAAGCUUGCUUUCAGGCGCGAGGCUUUCAAGGCAAAGUUUUUCAAGUGGUGGGCUGAGGAGGUUAAGAUGGAUGUCAUGCUCACUCCGCCGAACGCGACACCGGCUGUGCCGCAUGGUGGUAUGCACGAUGCAGUCAGCAGCUGCGGUUACACGUUUUUGUUCAACUUGCUCGAUUACUCUGCUGGUAUCAUACCAGUAACACAUGUUGACCCGGCCAAGGACGCGCUUCCUUCGACUUUCAACGCAAAGAAGUUGAACGGUGUUGCACAAGGGGCGUAUAAGCACUAUGAUGCUGACAAGAUGGCUGGUCUACCGGUUGCUGUGCAGGUGGUGGGCAGAAGAUUAGAAGAGGAGAAGGUGCUUGCUAUUAUGGAGCGAGUGGAGGAUGCCCUUGAUAAGCAUGGCGGACGAUAUGACUUGCUCGAGGUUGAGUGAAGGCGAUUAAAAAUGGUUGAUACAGUUGCUGGCUGAUUGUGUUUUGCUUUUGAUUCAAUGUAUAUCGCGGUGGAGCAUUUGACUUUGGGAGUAAAAUCAGACAAGGAGAGAGAUACUGAAGUUUCAAUUCACCUCCCUUCCCAUCUUC